CCUGGACAACUCCGGGAAGACGACGAUUGUCCUGAAGAUCAACGGAGAAGACACCAGCGUCAUCAGUCCUACCCUCGGCUUCAACAUCAAGACCAUCACUUACCACAAGUAUAUGUUGAUAUAUGGGAUGUUGGUGGGCAGAAAACGAUAAGGUCGUAUUGGAGGAACUACUUUGAGCAAACUGAUGGCCUGGUUUGGGUUGUGGAUAGUUCAGAUCUUAGGAGGCUAGGUGAUUGCAAAAUGGAACUUGAAAAUCUGUUGAAGGAAGAGAGGCUAUCUGGAGCUUCUUUGCUGAUAUUUGCUAACAAGCAAGACAUCAAUGGGGCUCUUACACCCGAGGAAAUCGCCAAGGUACUGAACUUGGAUAACAUGGAUAGAACCAGGCAUUGGAAGAUCAUCGGUUGUAGCGCAUAUACGGGUGAAGGUCUGCUUGAGGGAUUUGACUGGCUAGUUCAAGAUAUCGCCUCCAGAAUAUAUGUGCUUGACUAAAAUCAUAAGCAGAUGUCGACCUUUUGUUCUUGGUUUCCUUUUGUAUUUGUGAGGAUUUGGAUCAUAGGAAUUGAGUGUUUUGAUCUUAGUCUCGUCGCCUGAACUUUAGUGCACAGAGGCUUCAUUUUUGAACUUACUGGACCUUGAGGCGCAACUCCAAACAUGCACUGCUUAGUGCUAAAUGAGGUAAAA